AUGGCCUUCUCAUUGUUGGGCUACCAGGAAUUGCAGCAGAUUUACAGCUCCCAGAUCACCUUUUAUUCUGGCCAACGUCUGUUUAUUCGCACAGCGACUCUAGUCCUCGCUAUCCUAGGCACCGGGCUAUCUCGCUCUGGAAUGGAAAUGAUUAUAUACCGACUCAUCCAGGGUGUUGGCGUUUCUAUGUGCCUUCCAACCGGAGUAAGCAUCAUCACAAGAUCGUUCCCUCCCGGCCCGCAGCGCAAUAUCGGAUUCGCUAGUUUGGGGCUAUCUCAACCGCUUGGCUUUUCCGUCGGUAUGGUUGCCGAAGGUCUCUUCUCGGAAGCCCCUGGAGGCUGGAGAUUAGGUUUUUAUGGCAGCGCAAGUGCUGCGUUGGUCCUAACCGUGUCGAACCUCCUGACAUUACCGGCCGACAGCAAGCAAUCUACCUUCAAAUGGUGCGACCUCUUAUACAAGGUUGACUGGGUUGGGAUAUUGAUUGCCAGCUCCUGCAUGGGAAUUAUCUCGUAUAUCUGCGCCAUUCUCACGGAUAAUGUCGCCAAUAUCCAGAAUGCACCUCAUGUGAUGUUGAUAGUGUUCGCACUGUCCCUUAUUCCAGCGUUCGCCCUUUGGAUGAAUAGACAGACGAAGAGAGGCGCGCCAGCAUUGAUCCCCAACUCUAUGUGGAAAAAUACCGUCUUCGUAGCUAUCAGCUUGAUAGUAUUCUUUACUUGGGCAGUCAUUUUAAGCUCCGAGUUGGUGCUCAGUUUAUUUUUCCAAAAGGUUCAACCAUUAACUCCGUUUGCUACGUCGAUCCGUUUACUACCCAAUGUAAUCAUCGGCGUCAUACUCAAUCUCAGCACUGGACUCUUUGUCCACUUGGUGCGGGUCAACUAUCUCGUCAUCGCCGUUUCGAUGAUCGCAGCCAUUGCCCCGUUGGUGAUGGCCAUCAUCGACCCGAGCUGGAACUACUGGGCUUGCGCCUUCUGGGGUGUCUUGUUAGGCCCCGUGGCUAUUGAUGUCGUCUUUACCAUCGCCCAUCUAAUGAUCACAGACAUCUUCCCAAGUUCCACCCAGGCACUCGCCGGCGCAGUAUUCAAUACUAUCGCCCAGCUCGGAAGCUCCGUCGGCCUAUCUGCUAUUGCAGUCAUUUCAGCCGCAGUUCAAAAAUCCUCCCCUUAUCCCGACGACUCACCCAUGGCCAUCAUGGCAGGCUAUAGAGCAGCUUUCUGGGCCUGCUUUGUUACGAUGUUAGUUGUCGCGUUUAUUGGCAACGCAAGCACGGUACCGGAUUCUCAACUUGGGAAACUUGUUCACGAUGCAAUUUUGCAUGUACCGAGCUCCUUCAAUACGCAGACUACUCGUUUAGUGCUUCUCCUGAAAGAUGAGAACCAGAAGUUCUGGGAUGUUGUUGCAGGCGUGUAUGAGACGAUGGUGGCCAACGGUACAUUCCCAGAGAGCAAGUGGAAAGCUGGCACAAAGCCGAAGUUAGACAGCAUGAGAGCAGGCUAUGGAACUAUCCUGUUUUACGAAGACCCUACGGUUAUACCAACUAUGUGUGAGAAGUUCCCUCAGUACAAGGAUCAAUUCCCCAUCUGGGCUCAUCACAGCAAUGCCAUGCAUCAAUAUUUUCUUUGGACCACUCUUGAAUCCCUUGGGCUUGGUGCAAGUCUGCAACACUAUAACCCAAUUAUUGACGAAAAGGUUGCUGAAGCCUUCUCACUCCCGUUUGAGUGGAUGUUAGUUGCACAGAUGCCGUUCGGUGUGCCAACUGCUUCACCAAAGGAGAAGACGUUUGACCCGGUAGAACCGAGGGUAAGGGUAUUUGGUAUGAAAGGAGGGGAGGUGAACUAG